UCCCAUUUUUAUCAAACCCUGGAAACAUAAAACGUAAAACGGGAGAAAAUCCCCUUAAAACGAUUCAAUGUUUCAAACCAGUUAAAAUGAAGACCCGUGAAACCUGACCGGUUACGUGAACCGCCCGAUCCUAAAAAAUCGCCAAUUGUGUUUUUUUUUUUUUUACGUUUUCCCAAAAGGAAUCAAAUUCAAAUUUUCUUGUUCCCACUUCUUGUCACUGCUUCUGCCCGUGAGAACCCUCGGCACCGUCGUUCACGUACAGCCCGGUCACGCUCACUGUUUCACAUUCGCCGCCUUUCAGUUUCUCUGUUUCGCGAUUCCGUUUCUGCACGUCAUUUCAGAAAUGAAUCAAAAUCUGCAACGGGAAUGGUCCUUCAAUGACUUUGAGAUCGGAAAGCCACUUGGGAAAGGGAAGUUCGGCAGAGUCUAUGUCGCCAGAGAAGUCAAGACUAAAUUUGUGGUUGCAUUGAAGGUUAUAUUUAAGGAACAACUUGAAAAGUAUAAACUUCACCAUCAACUGAGGAGAGAAGUGGAGAUCCAGAUCAGUCUUAAACAUCCAAACAUCUUGCGUCUCUAUGGUUGGUUUCAUGAUUCCGAGCGUGUUGUCUUGAUUCUUGAAUAUGCUCAUAAUGGUGAGCUAUACAGGGAGCUUAGCAAAAGACAUCAUUUCUCAGAGAAGCAAGCUGCAACGUACAUUUUAAGCCUGACAGAGGCAUUGGCAUAUUGUCAUGAGAAGCAUGUUAUUCACAGGGAUAUCAAGCCUGAAAAUUUGUUGCUCGACCAUGAGGGUCGUCUUAAGAUUGCAGACUUUGGUUGGUCUGUACAAUCUAAAAUGAAAAGACAAACCAUGUGUGGGACAUUGGACUAUUUAGCUCCUGAAAUGGUAGAAAACAGAGGUCAUGAUUAUGCUGUUGAUAACUGGACUCUUGGUAUCCUUUGCUAUGAGUUCCUUUAUGGUGCUCCUCCAUUUGAGGCUGAGAGUCAAAUUGAUACCUUCCAAAGGAUAAAAAAUGUUGAUUUGAUCUUCCCUCCUAGCCCUAUUGUUUCUUCAGAUGCCAAAAACCUUAUAAGACGGCUCCUGGUAAAAGAUUCCUCAAGAAGGCUCUCACUCCAGAAGAUAAUGGAGCAUCCUUGGAUAAUCAAGAAUGCAAAUUGUAUCGGUGACUGCGCGUAGUAUCAACUUUAGUCACUCGUGUAUAAAUAUUUUCUGGAGGGAUUAAGUUCAUCUAGAAUUGUAAUAUGAUGAAAGCACAUUAUGUGUUUUUCAGAAUUCAAAUCAUGAUUGAAAAGCUAGAGACCAGAUGAGCAACCGAGGCCUAGUUUCCUGUCACAUUUUUACAAACAAAUUCUUUGACAUCUUUGAAUAAUGAAAGCCAAAAAGAGCCAGAAUCCAAUAA